CACAGACAGACAGAGCUCCUGACACAGGCUGUAUCCUCGUCUGAUCCGCACUGAGGCCCGACCCGAAUCCGAGUUUCAGAGAUCUGUACUCCUGCAAUGACCUCGGCUUCAACGUUCUUCUAAACCCCUCGUGUUAUCCUUCUGCUCGGCCCCUCGGAGAUCCCUUCGUCUCGAUCUGAGAAAAUCCCCAGAAGGUUCAGUUGAUUGAAAGAGAUCUCUUCGUCUUCCGCAAUGAAUCCGGUUUACAGCCCUGUGCAGCCCGGGGCCCCCUACGGAAACCCCAAAAACAUGGCCUACGCAGGUUACCCGGCUGGAUACCCCGCGGCCGCUCCUGCCUACAACCCCAACAUGUAUGCCACCAGCAGCCCAGGCUACGCCCCAGCGACCCUUUUGAUGAAACAAGCCUGGCCGCAGACGUCUUCAUCUUGUGCCAACGAGGGCACCUUCCACCUCCCCGUGGACACCGGGACAGAGAAUCGCACGUACCAGGCCUCCUCCGCCGCGUUCAGGUACACUGCCGGGACUCCAUAUAAAGUCCCCCCAACUCAGAGCAACAGCGCACCUCCGCCCUAUUCUCCAUCCCCAAACCCUUACCAAACCGCAAUGUAUCCCAUCAGAAGUGCCUACCCACAGCAGAACCUGUAUGCCCAGGGCGCCUACUACACACAGCCUGUUUACGCGGCCCAGCCACACGUUAUUCACCAUACCACGGUGGUCCAACCCAACAGCAUUCCCUCCGCCAUCUACCCGGCCCCAGUACCCGCUCCCAGAACUAACGGCGUGGCCAUGGGCAUGGUCGCCGGAACCACCAUGGCAAUGUCUGCAGGUACCUUGCUGACUACCCCACAGCACACUGCAAUAGGAGCGCAUCCAGUCUCUGUGCCGACAUACAGAGCCCAAGGAACGCCAACCUACAGCUACGUACCUCCCCACUGGUAAAGUCGCCGGCCUGUCCAUGUCUAGAGUCAAACAUUGUAUGCAACCUACUCGAGUCUUACUUCAGGUGCCGGAGCAACGCAACGCCUGCACCGACAUUGUCUGCAAGAACAAAACAAGGAAACAAAAAAAAAAAAAAAAAAGU